UGGUAGUCGUCGGGAGGGUGUUUUUUUUCUCCCCCGUGCGCGUAGCUCGCCCCUUUUUGGAUAUAAAAAAAACAACUGGACUUGAUGAAAUAAGAGAAAAGUCGGUUCACAGAUUUCAGAAGACAACCCGAUUUGACGGAUGGUUCGGCUCUCGACUUAAAGUUCAGACGUCGGACGUGAAAAGUUGCAUUCUUUUUAAGCAUCCACCCCCCGCCUCCUGCAAAUAUCUCCGUUUAAAUCGUGAUAGACUUCCCUCCCUGGCCCUUAUUUAGAUGGCAAGCUUCCCAGAUUCUGUAAACGAAAAUGAAAUAGGUAAGGCUAAGUUCAUUGGUGAACUCUUGGUGCCCAUUGCUCCCUUUGAUCAGAAGUCUGGGCGCGAGUCCUGGACAGUGGCCUUUGCACCGGAUGGUUCCUAUUUUGCCUGGUCUCAGGGUCAUCGUAUCGUGAGGCUUGUUCCCUGGUCAAAAUGCCUCAAGAAUUUCUCUAUGGGCCAUAGUGGUGAUGCAACCAAUGGAGCUGGCCUGCGACGCCUGUCCUAUCAGUACAGCGAUGGAGAAGAGGUGGGCCCAGUGGCAGGCGAGCCCCGUGAGCAUAUCAUUGACUGCGGUGAUAUCGUCUGGGGCAUGGCCUUUGGCUCGUCUGUGCCAGAGAAGCAAAGCCGCUGUGUCAACAUUGAGUGGCAUAGAUUUAAGUUUGGCCAAGACCAGCUACUAUUGGCAACAAGCCUUAACAACGGCCGUAUCAAGAUCUGGGACGUCUACACUGGAAAGCUGUUGCUAAAUCUGAUGGAUCACACAGAUAUAGUUCGAGACUUGACCUUUGCUCCCGAUGGUAGCCUUGUGCUGGUGUCAGCGUCAAGAGACAAAACCCUCCGGGUGUGGGACCUAAAAGAUGACGGUAACAUGGUUAAGGUUCUUCGGGGCCAUCAGAACUGGGUCUACUGCAGUGCUUUUUCCCCUGACUCUUCGAUCCUGUGCUCGGUGGGCGCUGGGAAAGCAGUGUUGUUAUGGAAUAUGGAUAAAUACACCUUGAUCCGCAAGUUGGAGGGGCACCAUAAUGACGUGGUGUCUUGUGAGUUCUCUCCUGAUGGGGCCCUGCUGGCUACCGCCUCCUAUGACACCCGUGUCAUCGUAUGGGACCCCCAUAAAGGCACCGUUCUGCUGGAGCUGGGACAUCUCUUCCCUCCUCCCUCGCCAAUUUUUGCUGGAGGGGCAAACGACCGUUGGGUGCGGGCAGUUAGUUUUUGCCAGGAUGGUCGCCACAUUGCCAGCAUUACUGAUGACAGACUGCUGCGUUUCUGGAGUAUUGAAGAAAAGGCCCCACGAGCCAUUGCACCCCUCACUAACGGCCUCUCCUGUGCCUUCUCUGUGGAUGGAACUGUGCUUGCUGCUGGGACUCGCAGUGGCAGCGUGCAUUUCUGGGAGUGCCCAACUAGCAUUGCCAGUCUGCAGCACUUGUGUCGCAUGGCAGUCCGGCGGAUCUUACCUACACAGCAGGUGGAGACACUGGCCAUCCCCAAACCUCUGUGUAACUACCUGACAUAUAAAGUCAUUUAGACACUCCCCAUCCAACCUGCUGCACCUCUGCACAGCAUGCUGGAGAACCAAUGUAUAUUUACAUUUCUAUUAAAAAAGUGAACUUUUUCACUUUUCAACCUCUCUGAAAACGAAAAAGACACAGUACAAGAGGAAAAAGAGCAGAAUUUGUUUCAUUUAAACGCCAGAUCCCCAACUUCGUUUAUAGUAUCCUCACACCCCAUGCUGAUCUUUGGCAUGGUUUUUUUAUUUUGUAUUUAUUUCUCUGUGUAAUAGUAUUGGUAAGUGAGUGUGCUGUGCACAAUACAAUGUGAAUAGUGCAGGCUGCAAGGUCAAGGUUAAGUUACAUCCAAGUCCUGCUGUCACCCUCACCAUACCAGUGUCACCACCACCCAUUUGCAGUUGCCACCUCUACAGGUUUCUACAUUGACUGUUAUAUUUUCAGUUGGCUGUCGGGAGAGAGAAAAAAAAGAAGAAAAAAAAGAGAAGAGUUUUGAUCUUAAUGGGUUAGCCAUAGCCCUACCACAGUGAGCCAAAUGAUAGGGAUUUUUUUUCUGAUUAUUUAAAGGUCGAGAGCUUACCUAUGUGGACUUCAAUUUCUGCUCAUUUUGUGUGUGUGUGCUAGGGUGUGUGCGUGCGUUGUGUUCGUGUAGGUGUGCACAUGCAUAUACAGGUAUGUGUUCUUGAAGUCCUCAGGGACACCCGGGCAUGUGCCCCUCGCCAUGUGCCUGUCAUACAGUUAUUCACCAGCUCGCACUAAGGCUGCGUUCACACUGGAUCCGGCAAAGUGUGAAAAUCACCAUUCCUCCAAUUCAUCUGAAUGAGGGUUGUGCAUUUAGGCAGUGGCGGUGUGCAGUGUGGGGGGUUCAACACAAAAAAACGCAGCGGCCGCCCAGCAAGAACUAGAACCAGAAUCAACUUCUGCAGGAAUGUAGCCUGACGUCACAAUCACGUAAGCUGGCAAUCAGACCGAAAACGCCCACUGAUCAAUGGGCCAUGAUCGCUGCGAUUUUUUAUUUUUAUUUUUGAUAGACUCUAUUGAUCCCCCGUAGGGAAGUUAUGCUCCAUAUUUAACUCAUUCUAGCUGUGUAGCUAAGAGCAGUGGGCAGCCGCCGU